GUUCAACCAGGAACAUGAAGUUGCUUCUUGCAAGAAGUACCUGAGUUUUUAUACAGUUUCUCUGGUAAUAUAAGGUCUCAGCCAACUAAGUGGAAAAUGGGAAGCCAGAGUUACUUCAAGGCUUUGAUUAUUUGUCUGAUAGCAGUGAUUGGAUCAACUGAAGCUCAAUUGCAGCUUGGUUUUUAUGGCAAAAGUUGUCCAAAUGCUGAGAAGAUUAUUUUGAAAUAUGUUGCCGAGCGCAUCCGAAAUGUUCCAUCUCUGGCAGCUGCUCUCAUAAGACUUCACUUCCAUGAUUGUUUUGUCAAUGGUUGUGAUGGAUCAGUGCUUUUGAACUCAACACCAAACAAUCAAGCUGAAAAGGACUCUCUUCCAAAUCUUACACUCCGAGGCUUUGGCUUCAUUGACGCAAUAAAGAGCCUUGUUGAAGCUGAAUGCCCUGGAGUAGUCUCUUGUGCUGAUAUCUUGGCUUUGACUGCUAGAGACUCUGUUCAUGCCAUUGGAGGACCCUUCUGGAAUGUUCCAACAGGUCGAAGGGAUGGACUCAUCUCUAGGGCAGCAGAUCCUUUAGCUAGCCUUCCUGCUCCAUUUCACAACCUCACUGUCCAACUAUCACUCUUCGACAACGUUGGACUUGAUGCAAACGACCUCGUAUUGCUUUCUGGUGCUCACACGAUCGGUGUUGCCCACUGUUCAUCGAUUUCAACUCGUUUAUACAAUUUCACUGGCAGAGGUGACACUGACCCAACUCUAGACAGUGACUAUGCAACAAAUAUGAAGACAUUGAAGUGCAAGAACAUCAAUGAUAACACCACACUUCUUGAGAUGGACCCUGGAAGUCGUGAUACAUUUGAUCUUGGCUAUUACAAACAAGUCCUUAAGAGAAGAGGCUUGUUCCAUUCAGAUGCUGAAUUGCUCAGUAGCUCUACCACAAGGUCUAUUAUCACUAAGCAGCUUCAAUCAACUGAAGGAUUCUUUGCAGAAUUUGCCAAGUCCAUGGAGAAAAUGGGACGAAUUAAUCUUAAACUUGGAACCCAAGGAGAGAUAAGGAAACAUUGUGCACGAGUGAAUAACUAAGAGAAUGGGUUGGUAAACACCAAUCUAAUUGCAAUUGCUAUGUCUUCUUUUCAACAUGAUUUGUUUUUCCGAGUGAUGUGAGAAGGGUUGGAGAGUGAUUCCUACGUUUGAAUGGAAGUAAUGCUUCUGUUGGUAUAAUAAGUAGUAAUAUGAGAGGGAAUUUGUUGUAAUUACACAAUUGCACAAUAAAAUCUUCCCUUCCUAUGUUGAAAA